GUGAUCUCUGGUGUAAAAGGACUUAAAAGAGCUGCGGAAAGCAAACAUCACCUGUGUCUGCUCAACAUUGAACUCAGAGCUCUCUUAUCUUCAAACACAAAAGACUCCAUCAUGUCUAAUACGAUGGUCGUCACGCAGCCUCAGCCUGUGAUGUAUGUUCAAGGGUCGGAUGAAUGGUCAUCUGGGAUAUUUGACUUCUGUGAAAAUGUGCCAGAGUGCCUUUUUGCUUACUUUUGCUUACCCUGCUUCGCCUGUAAAACUUCGAGAGACUACGGGGAAAAUCUCUGUCUCCCUCUGGCCGACUGGGUGGGCGGCAUUAUCCCGCCGGCCACCAUGUCCAUGAGGGUCUCCAUGCGACACCGUUAUGGCAUCAGCGGCACCAUGUGUAACGAUUGCGUGCUUUCGACAUUCUGUAUGGCCUGUGUCUGGUGUCAGAUGUCCAGAGAGAUGAAGAAGCGAAAGCUCCCAGUCGUUAUGGUUGCUACUAAAAAUAUGUAGCCUCUUCCUUCAUCAUCAUGUCUGGGGCCACCAUCCUCAUGGGGGUCUUAGUAGCACAAUACACUUUAAACAGAAAUCCUUUGAGAAAGAUUAGUGUAAAUAGAAAUAGUCCUCACUUUACUGAGUGCUGUAGUACAACUGUAGCCAUCCAAGCUCAUUGAAGUUAGGAAACUAAAAUGAAGUAAAAGAAAACUGUUCUUUAAUAUAAUUAAACUAUCAUUAACUAUCUAAAAUAGUGCUUUUUAAAUUUUAUUUUACAUUUUUCCCUUUGAGAAAAAAAAUACUUCACUGAGGGGUUUAUAAUGACCACUUAUUAGCCAAAGAAUUUAGUUUAGAGUUUAAAGGGGGUGUUAAAAGUGUGUUUUUGUGUAAUCUCACAUACUUCUAGUCAGGUUUGUAUUUUAUUUUUAUCUGGCAUAAUGAGAAUUUUAAACAGAUAAACUUAAAUUACAUGAAAAUCCAAACACUGUUCUUUCAUUUUUUGUCAAUAAAAUUAAGUGAAAUGCGCAUGACAUACACUUAUUUUUCUGUGUUCAUACAGCACGCUGUUAACAGAUGGUAAACAUAAAAGUAUAUAAAAGUGAAUUUCAAAAAUACAUAAAAGAAAAAGGGUUUGGUUACCUUUAAUAAGUGCUUUAAAAGUGUAACACAGCAGAACACCACACUGGAUGCCACUUCUUUUAUUGUGUUUUUUUAAUAAUUAAUUUUGAUUAUGUAGUAGUAGUAGUAAAAGUAGUAAUGGCAGAAAUUAGUUGGGUGCCAGGCAAAAGCAUGUGCUAGUUUACUGAUAUUGAUAUUUUGGUAAAUUCAGCUGUUUUCUGUUUGAAGGAAGCUGACAUUUUUCCAGUGAUGUAUGAUCCUGACAGAAGGUUCUUCCACAGUACGAUGGGUUUUUUUUUUCAUUUUUAAAUCCUGUCCCUUCUGGCAGGUUUUUGCAAUCAGAAUUAUAACAAAAGGAUAGAGCACAGAUAGAAAAGCACAAUGUAUCACAAACUGAUGCACCUGUAAGAAAAAACAAAGGAAAAAAACAGUUCAUUCAGUAUAUGAGGACAUACAUUGAUGUAUGUAAGAUGCAGAGAUUUUUGUAGUCUCUUAUGUUAUGUACUGCAGUUUCUGAUAUUAAAAUCAAUUUUAACUGUAA